AUGGCAAAUUAAAUGGGUCGGAAGGAAACACAUUACUUACAGAAUUGUGAUUCAAUGGCUCAGCAAAACAUGAAAAUGCACCCAGUGCUAUUGAAAGGGAACAGUCUGGAUUCAGCAGAUUUUGUGAGACAGCCGCAGCACCGCAGGACCAAAUCCCAGCAAGUUCGGUUCAAGGAUGAUGGUGUGGAAACCAAGACAGAACAAGAUAUUAACCCUUCCCAAGACAUUCCCUUCACAACUGGAAAAAUUGAAAUACUUAGGGAUCGCCAUUUUUUGCUACAUCCAUCUCCAUCUUUUCCAAGUGCUCAAAAGGGGCUUCAGAACAUGGCAAUACAAACAUCUCCCAGCCUCAGGAAACACUUCCCAGUUUUCAAAAAGAAAAAGCUAAAAGCAAGCAGAUCAUUAACAGAUCCUGCCAACACUAUCCAAAUAAAUGGCAAUCUUUCUGAACAAGAUCUUAUGUCUUCAGAUCUCUGCUACUUGAGAAUAACUAAUCGUUCGGAAGAUGGAUUUAGGAACAGUGAGGUGGAUGGGCAGCUAAGUCAAAGACCAUCAAAAGCACAAAGCAAUGGACCCAUCCACUCAGAUGCUUUCUCAGUACCAGAGAAGACAACUGCUUCUACACAGGUGCCUGAAUACAUAGAUGUGUGUUUUCCACAAUACAGCAAUGUUGCCAUGGAUGCACCAGACACAACCAUGAAUUUCAGUAAUUCACUGCAUUCUUCUACUGUCAUAAACAGCUAUGAAAAUACUGAAAACAGCACACUGUCAUUUAUUUCUGAAAAAGCAUACCCUUGCCUAAGUAAUUCUAACAGCAGCAAAUGUAAUCCUUAUUCUGACCCUGGGGAAGUGGAGAAAAGUGAUGCUGAGUUGCCUCACACCAGCAAAGACACAAGCAUUAAGGAAACUACUCCAUUUUCACCUCCAUCAAACCACAGUUCACCUUGUUUCCUCAGAGACUAUCAACAGGCAGGAGAGCACAACAGAGAUUCCAGCUGUAUGACAUUAAAAAAUGAUAAUCACACAACCAUGUCACUGACCAGCAGUAAUGCAUCAAAACCUCUUCUGUCAUGUAUCACUGAAAUAGAGAAAAAUUCUACUCAGUCAGAUAUUUCCCAGUGUAACAGCUGUUUAGAAGGAUUUCACAUAAAGUCUUAUCUGCCAAGGAAUGAAAUGAAACCACAACCCAACCAGGAGAUUAGUGAAAUAAAUCAAAUUGAUCUGGCACGUGGCGAACUUUGUACCUUACAAGGCAGGCUGCAGUCUGUAGAGGAAUCCUUGCAGUCAAACCAGGAGAAGAUUAAAGUCCUUUUGAAUGUAAUCCAAGAACUGGAAAAAUCCAGAGCCCUCAGUGAAGGGCGCAACUUCUAUCACACUGGGCAAGACCUCAACAACUGCAGCACCUGUCAGAACACAGCGUGUAUCAUUUACAGUGUAGAACAUGACUUCAGACAACAAGAAGGAAGAUUUCAUCAGAUUUUGAAAAUGCUGGAUCAUGCAGAGAAAAAUCCAGUUCCAGCUUCACCUCAGAAGUUGUCAUCUGAUCAUCCCACUCCCGAUAAAAAGGAGUUUAAAAGAAAACCAAAAAAGGUUAAAAGAAAAUGCUUCUGGUGGAUUUGACUACCUUAUAGAUCCUUUUACAUUUCAAAAGACACUAGAAUAUUAGGAGGCUUGGGAG